AUGGGGUUCUUGAAGGGCCUCUCGCAGAAGAAACCCAAGGGCGAGGCCGUCGUCCAAGCCCAAGCCGAGGCCCCCGACUUCGAGAAGGUUGAUUGGAUCAAAGACCCCGGUCUGCGAAAGCUCUAUUUUUACGCAUUCGUUCUUUGCAUUGCCUCUGCAACCACUGGCUACGAUGGAAUGUUCUUCAACUCGGUCCAGAACUUCAGCUCUUGGCAGGAGUUCUUCGACCACCCCAAGGGAGGACAGCUCGGUCUCCUCAGUGCUCUCUACCAGAUCGGUAGUUUGGUUUCUAUUCCCAUGGUUCCUUGGGUAGCAGAUAAUUUCGGCAGACGGAUUCCUAUCAUCAUCGGCUGCGUGAUCAUGGUUGCCGGCGCUAUCCUGCAGGGCGCUUGCCAGAACCUGGGCAUGUUCAUGGGCGGCCGCGUCCUCCUCGGUUUCGGCAAUUCCUUCGCCCAGAUCGCAUCACCCGCGCUUUUGUCAGAAUUAGCACAUCCACAACAUCGCGCUCGUUUGACGACGGUGUACAACUGUCUGUGGAAUGUCGGGGCUCUCAUCGUUGCCUGGCUGUCUUUCGGAACCGAUUUCUUGGGAAACGAGUGGUCGUGGCGUAUUCCCGCCAUCGGCCAAGCUGUGCCCUCCAUCGUCCAGCUCCUGUUCAUCUUCUGGGUUCCCGAGUCGCCCCGUUUCCUCAUCGCCAAAGACCGUCAUGAUGAGGCCCUCAACAUUCUCGGCAAAUAUCAUGCGAAUGGCAAUAAUGAACACCCGACUGUCCAGUUCGAGUUUCGUGAGAUCCGCGAGACCAUCAAGCGUGAGGUCGCCGCCAAGAACAGCAGCAGCUACCUAGACUUCUUCCGCACCCCAGGCAACAAGUACCGCUUCGUUGUCCUCAUCUCACUUGGUCUAUUCUCCCAGUGGUCUGGCAACGCCAUCAUUUCUAACUACACCAAUAUUCUGUACACGAACGCCGGCAUUGAGAGCUCCACGGCCAGACUUGGCCUCUCCGCCGGCCAGACUGGUCUCUCGUUGAUCGUUUCUCUGACGCUGGCCAUGCAGGUCGACCGUUUUGGUCGCCGCCCCAUCUUCCUUGCUUCCACUGGCGGCAUGCUCAUGACAUUUGUCUUCUGGACCCUCUCCGCCGGCUUGUACGAGGAGCACGGCUCCCCUGGCUCCAACUACGCCAUGAUCUUCUUCAUCUGGCUGUUUGGCUUCUUCUACGCCUUCGCCUGGUCCGGCCUGCUCAUCAGCUACUCCAUCGAGAUCCUGCCCUACAAGCUGCGCGCCAAGGGUCUCAUGAUUGUUAACCUCACCGUCCAGGCGGCCCUCACCCUCAACAACUACGCCAACCCCUAUGCGUUCGACCACUUCGAGGGCCACACCUGGAAACUCUACCUCAUCUACACCGGCUGGAUCUUUCUCGAACUCACCUUUGUCUACUUCUUCUACGUCGAGACAAAGGGCCCCACUCUCGAGGAGCUCGCCAAAGUCAUCGACGGCCCCGACGCCGAGGUCGCUGACCUCGACUUCGCCCAGAUCGAGCAGGAGGUCAAAAUCGGCCACGAGGCCGAGGAGUUUGAGCACAAGCGCGGUUGA